AUGUUGGUCCAAGGUCCGGGCAGUCGGCGUUGGAGCUCGCUCGCGAACGCGGCCGAGAGUCGGCGUUCCGAGGCAUUGAAGCAUCCCGCAACCGUUACUCAUGUGCUUGAACACUUGUCAGGCCUGCAACAGCUGGCUGCGGCGGUUGCGGCGGCGGCGGGAACUGCGCCAACAACAACUUCGGCAGACACGACCCCCACCACCUUUCCCAACCCAGCACCAGCCACGGCAAGCUCAGUUCCGGCCCCACAUAGGGGCAGAAAUGGUGACUUCCGCACUUUGCCGGCUCCUGCAUGGCAGCGGCUGUACCAAGAUUUCGUGCCAAUCAGCCUUCCGCCAACCUCAACCCAGUUCCCCACAGCAAAGAGUGCUGUGGGGCCUGCCCCAGACUUCGCUGCCUGCGACUUCCGCACUUUGCCGGCUCGCGCAUGGCAGCUGUUGUACCAAGGUUUCGUGCCAAUCAGCCUUCCACCAACCAAGCUCCCCGCAGCAAAAAGUGCUGUGGGGCCUGCCCCAGACUUCGCUGCUUGCGACUUCCGCACUUUACCGGCUCCUGCAUGGCAGCGGCUGUACCAAGAUUUCGUGCCAAUCAGCCUUCCACCAACCUCAACCGAGUUCCCCGUGGCAAAGAAUGCUGCGGGGCCUGCCCCAGACUUCGCUGCCUGCGACUUCCGCACUUUACCGGCUCCCGCAUGGCAGCUGUUGUACCAAGAUUUCGUGCCAAUCACACUUUCACCAAGCAAGCUCCCCCAGACAGAGUCUAGCACAGAAGCUGCAGUGGUUGCGGCACAGCAUGCGCAGCCCAGUCAGCUGCCACUAGGCUCACAGGAAGAGUCCGAAGAGUCAGAGGAGGAGACUGAGGACGAAAUCGAUGCCCAUGCCUCUCCAGAGCUAGGCCUCAGACGAACGUCGCGCAUGGAAGAUCCCUGGAGGCCGGCGCUGCGAUGGCUUUGCUCCGUCAUCGACUCGCGGCUGAAGGUUCCCUUGCCGCCUGCACACGCGCGGCAAGUUCGAGGGCUGCUGCCGCUAGGUGGCCUGGACGCAGAGAAACUCUCCGUGCAAGACCUGAGCGAUGGACGGCUGCUUUGUGCUCUUGUGAUCUCAGUGCGCCCCGACGUGCUGCCUAAGGCCAACGCAGUGUCCCUUGGACGUCUCGCGCAAUUCCUGAAGGCCUGCGCAGCCUUGGGCGUCAACCAGGUUUCCCUCUUCACCCCACCAGACCUGCUGCCGGAGCCCAGCAACCCGCCUGCUGUGCUCCGCUGCUUGCAGGCCAGGACCGGCCAGGGCGGGACCGCAAGCGUGUCGAUGUAG